CGGCUGGUUCGGAGAGGACGGAGGGUUUUUCCAAGAACAAGAAUGCAUCCUGUACAAGAAUUAAUAUUGUAUUUGCUCCGCCAACUCAAGAUUGUGUUUGUGAUUUAGUUAUUGAAGAUGCGGGGGGACAGACCGUUUUCGUUGUUCUACCUCGUCCCUUCGUCUGUUUCCUCCGGUGCCCCUUCGGAUGGUAGAAGAGGCACACAGCCAGCGAACCACGCUUGAAUAGCAGCGUGCCUGUGACGCUUGCCGCACGAAAACGGGCUGCAGCGUCAUGAUUGAGUUGCGCGAGGGAAUAAGUUCCGGCACGUGCGGCCCGAGGAUAUUUUCGCGUUGGAGAAAGGAGAACAUGCGGAGGAGAAGAGAGGAGAGUGAAAAAGCAGCGACGGACGUAAAGAUGAAGACGAGAACUUCUAGCAGGAGUUCAAUACCAAUACGUCCUCAUCUCGAAGGUAAGCGUCGCAAGAUGCUCUCUAUCAUCCCAAGUCUUCUAUCCUAUCUUCUCUCUCUUCAACUUUUCCCACAAGUCGCAGCCCAGACCCAGACCAUGGCGCCGACGACGAAAACGGCCGCGACCACUCUCACUUUCGAACAGCAGCAAGACCUAUCCAAUGCAAAAAUGUCUCGGUCUGGGAGAUAGCGAGAUUUGUCAUGCUAGUCUGGCAUGACUCUGAACUCUGUGUUGCAUGGCCGCGAAGAGCUCCUCCUCCUUGUCGUGCAAAAUCGCAGUUUCUCAUGCGGAAUACGCAACUGGGAACCAUGAAAAAAAGUUGUCAUGCUUGGCAGCGCAUUUUUAUAGUGAGUUCACUCUUCCCUUUCUUGCAUCACAAGUUUCCAGACCCAGGCAUAUUUGCAACGCAUAAGACCUCCUAGACCCCCACCUCCGCAUCCCCCUGGUCGCCAAACGGCCGGACCCCUUUGUCCCCCCGGCGAAGGCGGUCGCUGUGAUUGAGGGGAACUACACGCUAAACUCCGUCGACUGGCUGAUGACGAUGGAAGAGCUGAAGAAAUCGGUCACCCACGGCCUCCGCAAGUGGAUCGCGACAACCGGAACCCCGCAGGUGGAGACUUCCAUACCAUUACCCGCAAACCAUUUGAACGAAUCCGAAUUCACUUUACUCUGGGAGGACAAAGCUUGUACCGAAAAAUCCACGCCCCGGGCCGUCUGGCCGCCAGUGGUUACGUAUUUGGACAACAGCCUAUCCUGUGCAAAAGUAUCGUACUCGUACAAAUGCAAGUCUUGCAUUACAAAUCUUGUUUCCAAGGGAGAUCUGCAUUACAAAUUUUAUUUAUCAUGCUGAGGAAAUUUGUAAUGCAUUUAUACGAGUGCGAUACUUUUGCACAGGAUACAGCCUUCGGUUUGACAACACCGGUGCGCCGAUAAAACCAAGCUGGAUUCCGAACCGGUUCUUGUAUCCAGACACGACAACCAUUCCGGUCACGCUAGAUCCGGCGCUAGCCACCGCCGCAGCAAGGUUUACCGUCUGCGUGAACCAGCACGACACGAGCCUCCGCUGGCUCCUCGACGUGCCGACCGGGGAAGAUUUUAUGGACGGGAAACUUCCGAUAUCCAGAGUAACUUUCCCGUACACAUACAAACGCGGUCUCUGCAUGACAAAACUCGGCUUCGAUCCUAGUUUAGCAUGACAAGUUUUAUUAUGCUCCAAAUUGGUGAAAUUUGUGAUGCAUCUUGUACAUGUACAGGAUAUUUCUAUUGCAUAUCCAAAUCCGCAGUGGGUCGCGCCCGGGAUCCACAUCACCGGGGAGCGAAUAUCAAAUGCAAAUAUGUCUGGGUCUGGAAAUUUGUGAUGCUACAGUUUGGAUAAGACUGGCGCUCUCAAGAGCAGCCAAGCAUGACAAGUAUACUUGACGCCGUCUGAUGCGUAGCAGGCAUGACAAACUGCGUUUUUGCAGGACGAAAAAGUAGCGCCUUUGUUGCUGGCUGUGCAACACAGAUUUUUCAGGAAUGCAAGACAUGCAACACAAGUUCCACUUUUCCACACCUAGACAUUUUUGCAAUGCAUAGUGAACGACGGACAACAAGUACGUAAUCAUAGACGCCGCGAAAGCGCUGAAUCCAGACAAACCCUUCCUUGACGCCGCGGGGACGCCGAAUUUUGCGACCAACAAAUUCGAAGCGGACGGGACGACUUUGAAACCGAGAGCGAGACUGCACGUCGUCGGUCGGGUUUGGAUCUCGUUAUUGCAGUUACUCCACCGACGGUUUCAGCUGUCCAGCCCGUUGACGCAAUACGUGCCGGAAAUCAUCCCCGGGACGCUAGAUCCGCUCGCGGAGUUGACAGAUGAUUUGUUCAACGUGAAGACCCCGUAUGAGCGUGCACAACUCCCCCAUCCCCCUCAUUUGUAUGGCAAGAACAGCAAUACAAGCAACAGCAGAAAUGGGGCGCCCGCAUGACAAAUCUGCGUGCGGAUUGUAGUACAAUUUCAGGUUCCAAAACUUGUCAUGCCUACAGCGCUUGCGAGCAAGGUUUCAAUUUGGUACUUUGCAUCACAAAUGUUGAGCGGGAGGGGGAGUUGUGCAUUGUCACAUCCCGAACCGGCACUGGAGCAUGGAGAUCGCCUACGGGAAGAAAAAAGUGUUACAGUUACGCAUUGUGUUGCAAAACUGGCAAAACAGACAACGUCUCUCAUGCAGGAAAUGCUUUGGACUUGGAGCCUCGUUGUCGUUUCCUUCCAGUUUUCCCUUAUGAUCUUUGCAUUGCAAGUUUUCUCUGUCAUGCGGAGAAAACUUGUGAUGCUGAAGUUACAUCAGCAAGAAGUGUGUCACUGUAACACGUUUUUCGUGGGAUAUUGCCUACAUGAUGGACAUUUCCCCCGGCAUUUUGACCCAGCACCAACUGAUUCCGGUGUGUCAGGAGAAAAAAAUCAAGAUGAAGGGUUGCGUAUCCACAGUAAAUUUCCGGUACAGGUACAAACGCAGGCACUGCAUGACAAAAAGAAAAAUGGGCUUCGAUCCCAGUUUAGCAUGACAAGUGUUACACCCCAAAUUGGUGAAAUUUGUGAUGCACUUUGCACAUGUACGAGAAAUUUGUAUUGCAUACUGCGCGACCGUGAAACACACGGUGUAUGAAUACCCAAGCCACAUCACGGACUACAAGCUGAAUUACUUCAUUCUCACCCGCCGGAUCGCCUGGCAGGACGGAAUCAAAUCGGUCGCGAACGGGUACUAUGCAUUGCAGAAGCAGUAUCGCAUUUCAUGUAUAAAUCGCAUGACAAACUUUAACUUUUUCAAGAAGAAAAAUGGGACUUGUCAUGCAGAUUCAUCAAGUAGGAGACUAGAUUUGUCAUGCAUCAAUGCGAUUAGGUGCGAUACAACUUUUGCAAAUGACAGGUACGAGCUGCAAUUGGGCGAGGCAAACUACACGUGGUUGGAAAAGUACGAUCCGGUGACUGGGUUGUAUGCCGUUCUCAAACCAGUUACAUUCUCAACUGUUACGCGAAUUUGUAAUGCAAGAAUGGCAAAAGUAAAAGGGUAAGGGGCGAAGCUGCACCUGUAGCAUUACGAAUUUCGGCUGUAGUUUAGGCCUUCGCAAAUUUGUCAUGCGAAGCAGCGUGAUCGUGUGGAUGAUGAUGGUAGUUUUGCAUGACUAAUUCAUGACGCAGUUGAGAGUGUGACGCUUGAGGAUCCAAUAGGUUGCUCAAGCCGGUCGUGAAGGAGACGUCACUUUGGUCCGUGACCCACUACCCGCAACAAGACUGGCGCUACGUCAAUGACUGCAAGACCGGGACCUCCUGUUGGUUCAUUCCGAUCGCCCCGUCAGGGCGGUUUAUGCACAGCAUGAUCUGGUUACGACAGUGCACAACUUGCCCUCCCGCCCAUUUGUAUGGCAUGAACAGCAAUAGAAACAUCAAGACGCGUGGAGGCUGAGCAUGGCAAGUUCAUGCGCCGAUUGUAGUACUGUUAUUUGGGCUUCCAGAAUUUGUCACGCAAAGAAUGCUACAAGGAGAAGGAAGGCAGCAGCUGGAUUUGGGAUUUUGCAUGGCAAAUGAGGGGCAGGGGGGGUUGCGCACUGUUAUACUGGUACCGAACCUGGUCCCACUACGAAGCGUACUUGAAUCUUUGUAUCAACUGUAAAAAUGUCUGUGUCUGGAAGAAUUCAUGUUUGUCAUGCUUGUCUGGCAUGCCUCUUAAUUCAAAUUCUGUCAUGCACGUUACCCAAGAGCUCUGCUUUUCUGUGAUGCAGAAGCGCAGUUUGUCAUGCAGAAUAGGCAACACCUAGGAGCUCAGAAACUUGUCAUGCUAAGCCAGCAUCUGUAGCCUCAUCAUGAGACGCCACCCAGCAUCACAAGUUUCCAGACCCAGACAUUUUCACUUUUGAUACUUUGCGCCGGCGAACCUCUACAGUCGCCGGAGCUGUGUCUCGACGACAUGAACGUGUGCCAUUACAUAUCCAACAAAAAAGUGUUAACGUUAACGGUUUUCCUAGGUUGCAGAUAUGCAUGACAGAUUUUGCCUAGUAUGCAUGCUAUGCAUGACAAACUUGGGCACGUUUUCGCUUUGUGAUGCAUUACUGCAUCACAAAUUCGAAUUCCGUUGACGUUAACAACACUUUUUCCUGUGAUAUUACAACCUGACCUGCCUGGGCGGUGUGGAUGCGUACUUCGCGCGGCAGGAUGUCCGCGGGAAUUACUUUUUCCGUACGGCGUUUUUCACGGACAACGAUGACGGCGAGUUUGAGCCGCUGUUGGAAAACACGCACAUGACCUGCCCGCCGUCGUGCUGCAAAUCUAGAAGAAUGUGCAUGCGCACCCACGACGUGACGGGGACGGAGGUUCCCUUUGACCGAACGCAGCUACUGGUUUUCGGCGGCCGGACCUACGUGCACGACUACACGUUUCCGAAGUACCCGGACCGCCCUAGCUGGUACCACCAGCCGGGCGGGGAAGAGAUGUUGAAUUCCGCGUAUCUACCGGGGAUAGUGCAGGACACAGAUCCGAACAAGGUUGGGGUGCAGUCGGAGCUGAUCUGGCACAACUGCAAAUUCAUGGACAAUAUGAAUUGCAAGAGUAUCGUACUGGUAGAAAUAGCAUGGCAAAUUUUUGCAGAAGAAAACAUGCAACUUGUCAUGCAGAUUCAGGUAUAGCAAGUACAUCUGUCAUGCAAGACUGGCAUUUAAAUACGAAUGCGAUGCUUUUGCAAUGGAUAAACAAGGGCGCCUUCGAGGACCCGCCAAGUUUUCCCCAGCCGGCGGACCCGGAGAAGGGGCACGGGCGGCGGGAGCUGCGGUCCUGUUUGGAGCUCGCGACCGACGAACUCUGGCGGUACGACACGGUGCGUAUGAACUGCAAAACAAGUAUCGUAUUCGUAUAAAUGCAAGUCUUGCAUUACAAAUCUCUUUCUCAAGGUAAAUCCGCAUAUACAAAUUUUAUCUUUCAUGCUGAGAAAAUUUUUUGUAAUGCAUUUAUACGAGUGCGACACUUUUGCGCUGCAUAGUGCGGCACCAGUGGCAGUUCAUGAAAUUUGACACGUCGCAGUCGGACACCAGUACCAACAUGGUUGGGACACCCACUGCCCGGUACGCCCACGCGUCGCAACUGGUCAUCUACACCCGGGCCUCCGAUCCAGAUAACGUGCGACGGCAGUACAUGUACAUGUACGGCGGGGCGGCGAUGCAGUGCAGGUUUGGGCUCUGUGAUGAUUUGUGGCGGUACGAGAUUCCCUGGGCAUCGAUGGCCUACUACCCGCAGUUUCCGGCCCGGGCGUGGCAACAGGGCAAUCAGUAUGAUAGAUUUUUCCGUCGAUUUCUCAUCCAAAUCUGUAAAUGCUUUGACUGGUCGUGCUAGUGGUAAUAUUACCAUUUACACAACUUGAGCUUUGUGAAGCUACACGACUACAGCUGCAGCUGGGCGCGAAAAAAUCCAAUGUAAUCAGGUGGUUCCUCCGGUCCAAAGCGACGAAACUCUGCCCACCAGGGGAGUACUGCGGUCGGUUUCGGCAUUCCAUGGUGGCCAGUUUCGACAACCAGUUUCUGUUCGUGUUCGGCGGGCAGGGCAUUGGCCGGUGGGAAACCACGCUGUUCCGGUACCGGGUGUACACGGAUAUGUGGGAGGAUCUGGAUCCUUCGGGGAUAAAGUCCGUCACCAGGCUCGCCAUUGACUACAAUAACGAAAUUAACCCGCAAAUUCUCGACGCCAGCUUGUACGACCCCGCGGUGGACGAAAACAUCUCCCCCACGUCCGUCACCGGACAACUGUGUAUCAAAUGCAAAUAUGUCUGGGUCUGGAAACUUGUUAUGCUGAGUUGCGAAUAGUGACCUCUCUGUAAUGCACAGCCAAGCACGCGAAGCAUUUGCGCUGCUUAGUGUUGCGCUUUCCGCAUGACAAACUGCGUCUUGCAUGACAAGCAAAAGCGUGUACUCUUGGACACGCAUCACAAACUCUGCAGUCAUGCCAGACAAGCAUGACAAACCUUGCAUCCUUCCAGACCCAGAGCCAGAGGAUAUUUUUGCGAUGCAUACUGUGCGAGAUCAAGCAAAUCGCGUGUGGGGCUCUGAAGAAGAAAAGGCUGGAGGGGGGAAGGACGCCGAAGGGAAGGGGGGACAGUCAGAUGGUCUUCUUCCG